UCAGCCUCUGCCUGUGAGCAUCGAACCGAGUCAUGAUUUGUGGUUGUUAUAAAAACCAGGCCAACGCAGUCGAUCCAGUGUUAUUCAAUUUAAAGCGAUUCGUCCAACGUUAUACAUAGAACGACGUUCACUAGAAUAAAAGUUAUAAAAUAUAAUAUUCGCAGUGGAUGAUAAAAAAUUUGAUCCAGUGUGAAUAACUUGUAUAUAUAAUAAAGAAAUACAGUGCUUUGUGUGGGAAGAUGUAGAAAAUAUAAUACGUGCAACAUGACAGAGAGACAAGAUUUUGGCAAAAAAAAACGUGAAACAAAAUGUACUUAUUUUUAUCACAAAUGUACCUACUGUAUUGUAAAUCGUACUGAAAAUUUUUUUUACAACUUGGGGGUUAUAAUUGGUACACAUCCGAAACGUACUAUAAUAAUAUGCUGGAUUGUAGUAAUAUUAAGCGCACUAGGAUUCUUACGUUUCCGUCAAGAAAAAAAUCCUCUCAAACUUUGGAUUCCUCCUGGAACUACUUUUACAAGCGAUUCGGAAUGGCUUAUGAAAUCAUUACAAAUUGGAUACCAAGAAGAAGCAGUUAUGCUUACGGGCGAAGAUGUAUUGACGCCUAAUUAUAUACAGAAGUUAUAUAAAUUGGAUCAAGAACUUCGUGAAACAAAUAGCGCUAAGAACUUAGUGUUACAAGACGUAUGCUUUUUAAUUCCAAAAGUUGACAGAACACUCUUAAAAUUUCUCGAUACGAAUAAUACAAAAUCGGAUCCGAGCAAAGAUUUAAAUCCCAUGUUAUACUGCAGUUUCAUUGAAUCCAUGAAAAAGGAAUGCUACAUAAGAAGUAUAUUAGAUUUGUGGAAUUUCAAGAAAGUUGACAUAAUGAAUCUCACCAAACAAGAUAUUGUCAAUGCUAUCAACUCAGAAUCAUCAGAUCAGCUUCUUGGGAAUCUUAAAAACUUCAGAGAUUUGUUGGGAAUGGUGGAAAGAAAUGAGACCGGACAUAUAAUUAGAGCACAAGCUUUAUACAACUACUGGUAUUUAACUAAGAAUUUUUCGGCUAUAGAUGUUGAUAAAACUGGAAAUAUGGCUGGAACGGGGGACUGGGCAACAGAAGAAGCUGUUGAUUGGGAAGGCAUGUUUUUAAAUGUGUUGGAAAACUUCAGUAAUUCCAACGAAAUUUUUUAUUACGCAGGUAGAAGCUUUGGUGACAUAAGCAAUGACUCUCUGUUCCAAGACAUGGAUUUGAUCAUUUAUGGCGUAAUAGUUAUGGUCGUGUACAUCCAACUCGUCAUAUCAAAAUUUAACUUAGUUGAAAUGAGAAUUGUUUUAGGCUCUAUUGGUUUACUUUCUGUGGGAAUGUCUUUUAUAGUUGGAUCUGGAUUGUGUUCCCUUGUAGGAGUAGCUUAUGGACCAGUUCAUACUUCUUUACCAUUUCUACUCAUGGGACUAGGUGUGGAUGAUAUAUUUGUGAUUAUGGCCUGUUGGGAAGAAUUAUCGAUGGAGGAAAAGAAAUUAUCAAUACCAGAAAGAAUCGGACUAACCCUUAAACACGCUGGCGUUUCUAUAACAAUAACCUCAACCACAGAUGUGAUAGCUUUCAUUAUUAGUUCCUCUACGAUUUUACCAUCCUUAGAAUCAUUUUGCAUAUAUGCGGCCGUAGGUGUACUUAUGACGUUUAUCUUUGCCAUAACAUUUUUUGUUGCCUGUUUUGUUUUGGAUCAACGAAGAGUUGAAGCUAACAGAAACGGCGCAUUCCCUUGGAUCGUACACAAUAACUACAAACCGAAUGAAUGUAGUCAAAUAAAUUUUACAAAUCUCAUAUUUAACAAAGUAUACUCCAAUGUGAUACUGACCAUACCAGGAAAGAUAACUGUGAUAACAAUAAGUAUUAUUUGUGCUGGAUUCAGUAUACAAAGUACGAUGCAAUUAGAACAAAAAUUUAACCCAGAAUGGUUCAUUCCAGAGAAAACUCACUUGGGGAAAUUUUUUACUGCAAGAGAUAUGUAUUACCCUCAUGUAGGUUUCGACGCAGGAUUAUACAUGGGAGCUGUUAAUUACAGCCAAGAAAUACCAAAAAUAAAAAAAGCUGUCGAUGAAUUGAAACGCAUGACGAACGUGACUGAAAAUAUUGUUUCCUGGGUGGAUCCAUUUCGAGAUUUUGUUUUGUUCAAUUAUCAACAUGAUAUUUAUGUAGAGCCGUUGGAUGAUGAUAGAUUUGAUAUAUUUCUAUCCAAAUUUUUAAUGAGUCCUUGGAACGCUCAGUAUCAAGCCAAUUUUAUUUUCGAAAGAGAUUUGGAAUGCGGUUUACCAGCGCCAAAGAUAAAGCUUUCGACCAUUAAUUUCUUUUUUCGCAAAUCAGAACAAAGUAGUGACCAGAUCUCAGCCAUGCAUAAAGUUAGAACAAUUGCUGAAAACAUGAAUUUCACAACAGGAGAUAAAUUUGCAACUGUUUGGUCAAAAUUCUUCGCAACGUGGAUAACAGACGAGUUGAUUGGCAUUGAAGUAACUCGCAAUUUAGAAUUGGCUCUUUUGUGUGUGAUGCUGUGCACAAUCCCGUUAAUAGCAAACUGGCAGAUUUGCUGUUUAAUUUUCUUCUGUGUUCUCAUAACUAUGGUGAAUGUUUGUGGUUUCAUGCAACGAUGGGGUGUAACAAUUGAUCUAGUUUCUUGCAUUGGAUUAGAACUUGCCAUUGGAUUGUGCGUAGAUUAUGCUACGCACGUUGGACAUACUUUCUUGACUGUAUCAGAAGGUAAUAGAAGAGAAAGAGUUAUUAAGUCUGUGACAUCGAUUGGUUCGGCUGUUUUGUAUGGAGGGUUAUCUACAUUUAUUGGAGUGUCUAUGAUGAGUUUAUCUUCGACAUAUACAUUUCAAUCUUUCUUCAAAAUAUUUUUCCUCGUUAUUAUAUUUGGACUUUUCCAUGGUGUAGUGCUAUUACCUGUGAUACUAAGUUUUAUUGGACCUGCACCGUACCCGAGCCAUAAGAAGCUACCUCACCAAGUAGUGGAAUUAGACCCUCUCAAUGAUAGUCGAAUUAAUGAAAAUUCAGUUUAUUAACGAAUAUAUUGUUUGGGGUUUUUGUUUUCAUAUUAAAUGGAAAUCUAAUAAUGAAUUCCUCGUAUAUACGCGACAUUUCUAGCACAAUUUUUUUUCUAUAUAGUUAUUUGUAUAUGUUGAGUUUUGAAUAAAUCUUUGUCAAUUA